UGCUCGUCGUAUAUACCUCGCAUAAAUAACCACUGUUUCACAGGUUGGACGCGCGUCGCUGGGAACCAUUGGCAGCGGAAUGCGGCAAGCACUAGACGAAUGUCAAUCCCAGUUCAAGUGGGACCGUUGGACCUGCCCGGAAAGUUCAUUCAACAUCGUCUCCAAGCACGGAAAACUUCCAGCGACCCGAGAGUCUGCUUUCGUGGUCGCCAUGGUGAGCGCAGGCAUCACACACAUGUUCGCCAGGAACUGCAGCCGAGGCCAAAAGAGCUGCAGAUGCGACGACAGGCCUCGCAAGACUGAACCCGAUUCAAGUUGGUCCUGGGGAGGUUGCAGCGCCGAUAUCAAGUACGCAGGGGACUUUUCGCGCCGGCUCCUUGUCGGCAAGGUUGAAGCUAUCAGAGACCUAAAUGCCGCGAUGAAUAGGCACAACAACAAUGUCGGAAGAGCGGCGGUACGCAAGUCACUACUGCGCGCCUGCAAAUGUCACGGCCCGUCGGGCACGUGCACCACGAAGACUUGCUGGUUGCAACCGGGCGAAAUGUCUGCCGUCGGACGGAGGCUGCGGAAAGCGUACGACCGGGCCCACCUGGUGAACGUUAACCGCGGCGUGCCUAAAUGGCCCGAGGCGAAAAGAGUUCUGGUUUACGCCGUACCGGCGGACAACUACUGCCUGCCGAACCGCAGCCUCGACACCACUGGCACCUUCGGCCGUGAGUGCUCACGAAGGACUGGCAGCGGCGUGUCCCGGACGGAACGCGACAGCUGCAGCAACCUGUGCUACAACUGCGGCCAUGGCGUCAGGCAGGUGGCGGUUACGAACAGGAGCUCGUGCAACUGCCGGUUUGUCUGGUGCUGCUCGGUCAAGUGCGACAGCUGCGACACCAGCGUGACAAAGUACUUCUGCCACUGAGCUACCUGCUUUGUCGCGCACCGCCCCGUGCGCACGCGCCCUGGGCUGUUGACUCCCAAAGUGCCACCAUCGUGCUGCUCCUGCAACACCUGUGAACGCUGUUGCCCGUGCCACGGUGUGAAUCUGCAGUACCGACCUUGGAUCAGGGCGUGCCUUUGCCGUUUCGCUAUCAGGUUCUUCGGAAGCUCGUCGGUAGUGCAACAAGACGGCUUCAAGCCUGGCAUUCCUAUCACAGCAGUAGCUGUUAGAAGACACACGGGUGAUUCCGCGUGCGAACCAACGUACGACUAGUCGUACCAGGUACCACGUCCAACAAGUUUCCAAAUGUCGGAGCUGUCAUCUUUCUGACGCGCGGCGGGUCGCAUCGGACGGCGCUUUGUAUAGUGAACUAUAGGGCACUGUAGCCUCGCACCUUGUGCCUUCUGCUUGUUAUGGACUCAUGUGGAAUGUAUGCGCGGUAUCGCAAAAACCUCGCAAAAAGGAAAGAAAGACAGAAAGAAAGAGAGAGAGUUAGUGCAUGGCGUUACUUUAAUAAUGUUGUGCUAAUGGCGUUAUAUGUUUAUUUAUUCUCUUUUCCGUUGUGCAACCGCAUCUGCAUAUUUGGUUUUUAUAUGUCUCCCGACUGACUUCUGCCGUUAUAGAUGACUUGAUGUCGUUUCGUUGCUUGUGUGGAGUGGUAAAAGUACACCAUCUUACGUGAUGCACAUAUACUUUUGAUUCUCACCAGAAUAUGAAAGAACCGCUCUCUGGCCUAAUCAUGCGCAAUCUUUGUCAAGGAUUUGCAAGCCACAGAGUGUAUGACUGGGGACCUAUCGUCAGACCACGUGCUGGAGCCCGUGUGGAACUUUCGUUUCUCUAAAAAUAACAUGAGAUUGAAGUGACCAGUGAUCCUCUUUUUUCCAGAGCUUCGGAGCCCCGGGCGUGUUAUAAACGCCCUGCAACAGUGCCGGGUGACAGAUGUUUACACUCGCGGAGUAGCUUCUAAACUUGACAAAAACUAUGCAGUUGGGGAACGGAAACGCGAAAAUGCAAUUACCUUGCAGUGUGCAUGGGCGCGCAUCCUGGAAUCGAGACGUGUGUGGUGCGCUGGCCCCACGCAUACAUCUCUUUCACCUAAGAUACAUGCCUAAAACUCGUCGGAAUGGCAGGUGUUUCAGGUUUGCCGUAGUCCGGUUGCUUUGGUCCCCGCAUGUUCCUGUCAUCGAACAGAUUAACAGUAAUCCAGUGCACAUUCGUAUCGAGAUUUCCUGCACAUGUUUGCUCACUUGCCUGCAUUCAUUUGUGUAAGCUUCACAGUCAUCUUAGUUCGCAUGUUUGCUUUCUAUUUCGGAUACGUUGCAAUAACAUUGAUGCUUGUCUCCUUGUAAAAUAUUGUAAUUACCGCUCACGUUGAUUCCGGUUAGUUUGUUAGAGCGAUGUGUCGGACCGCCCAAGAUGUAGGUUUUCUUUUUUUUUUUCUUUUUUUCCCGUAAUAGUAAUAAAGGGCUGGUUGCCGUUAUGAACUCUGUGUGGAUGGCCUUGUGUAGUUAAUAAGCUCUCAUGAAAUGGUGAACAUGUACAACGAAGACAUCAAUGUUUUAUUUCCGCCCAGCGCUUUAACUACAUCACCGCAGCAUUUUAUGCCGUUCUCCAGAAAUGAACUGGUCACUGCGGUGGCGCUAAUG